AUGAUCAAGUUGUCGAUGUGCAUCUUCUAUGAUCAUCAGUCAAUAAAUUCAAAUAAUUUGUAUUAUUUUUAUCAUGAAUGGUGUUUCAUUGCUCCAUGUUUUACAAGUAUUUUUCCCUUGAUACUUACUCAGAAAAGGAUCAUAGAUGAUUUAUCCUUGUUGUUUCACCUUCCUUGUGGUUGCGAUUUACUUUACCGCUUUCCUGAUCAAAAGAGUCUCAAAUGUUGUUUGACAUCUUACCCGAUCAUUCUAAAUCCUGGUGAUCAUAGCCAGGAUCCAACUUUGCUGACAUCAUGUGAAUCUAUUCCUGCGUGGAUUGAAGUUAAAUUGAAGCACCGUAUAUCUGCAUCAUUUUGGUUCUUCGUCACAGUAACUUGGAUAUUAUUUUGGGUUUUUGGUUACGUUACACAAUCCUACCUCAUCCAACUGACUUUGUUCUUUUUCUUUGUUGUCUGCAUGUAUGUGCAUUUACGCAACACUGUUACUGAAGAAUCUCUCCUAGUUAUAUGUGGAUAUGGUUUACAAACUUCAACUUGCUAUUUUACUGGUCGAAAAACAUAUUCGUCUUUUAUCCCUAUGAAUAGAAUUAAAGGUUUUCAUCUCAUUGAUUCAGUCAGUCCAUUCACUAUACAUACCUAUUUAGGUUGUGAGUGUAUAAAACCAAUCACUGCUGCACAGACUAUAUCCUUCUCUUCCUCCUCUCAGAGUCGUCGUCGUCGCCUACUGAUACAACGCAGACAGUAA